UUGCUGCCACCUUCCAUUUCGGCCCAAAUGUUUUGUAUGACUUUCACUCUAACCCCCCAAAUUCUCCAUAAAUUCAAAACCCCCCCUAUUCUUGGUCCAAGUUCUUCAGAUCCUACCUGCAAAAUCCUUAGCUCUGAGUAACAGUCAUCCCAUCACAGUCGGUGUUAAUCCAAGAACUUCAUAAAACCCCAAAUUCAAUUUCAAUGGAUACCUCUAGCGAAAAAGGCAAGUCAAUAAUUAUAUUAAUGUUUUAUUUCCUUAUUUUAAUGUUAUUGUAUCUUCCGCAUAUUUCUUGCCUUGUUCUUGCAUCAGAUUUGGACCCAUCUUCAAAUUUAGUUGAAAAUGAUCAUAAAGAUUAUGUCCCUUUGAGUGAAAAUGAAUAUCAAACAAACCCAAAUGUUAAUUUGGUAAGAAAACAGCAACAGCAAUUGGAAAAAAUGGAAGAGUUAGUAAAGAACCUCACUCAACUUGUUUCACGAUUAGAGGCCAGAUUUUCUGAGAUCCCAGAAAAAUUUGAGAAGUUACCUUUGUUGUCAACUGAUGAUGAGAAAAGGAAAGUUGAGAAAUUUAAAGAAGGGUUAAAUGGGAAAGAGAAGGUGGCAUCAGGAGCCGGGCCAGGGAUGGUAUCAGUGACGAAGUAUAGUACAUUUUGGUCGGAGAGGUUUCAGUUUGUGUCGGCCGUGAAACUGGGGUCGAGUCCUAGUUGUAUUAACGUUUUGCCUUUUAGGGAUUUUGAAGGUUUGAGCAAGUAUGUUGCAGUGGGGGAUGAUAAGGGUAAGUUAUACGUGUUUCUAAGAAAUGGGGAUGUUUCCGUGGAGUUUGAUCCUUUGUCUACGUUGCAGUUGGAAUCAUCGUCCAUAACAGCUAUUGUGUCAUACUUGUCAGUUUAUAAGAACGAAAGCAUAAUUGUUUCGGGGUAUGAUAGUGGCUUAGUUUUUAUGCAUAGGGUUUGGGAGGUGUCAAACAAUGAUGAGUGGAGUACGCUCCACGUGGAGAUGGUCGGAAGAUUUGAGAUCUCAGAAGGAGGUCGAUCAAGGAUUAAUGUAUUGGAAGUGCACCAUGUUGGGAGGAAAAGAUACAUUUUGGCUAUAGAUGGUAGCGGGAAAAUUACAGUGUUUCGGGAAGAUGGUACGGUUUAUGGGUCCGCUUUUCCAAGUAGGCAGCCACUUGCAUUCUUGAAGCAAAGGCUUUUGUUUCUUACAGAGACGGGGGCAGGGUCUUUGGAUUUGAGGACCAUGAAACUAAAGGAAUCCCAAUGUGAAGGAUUGAACAAUUCUAUUGCUAAGAAUUAUGUUUUUGAUGCCAUAGACCGGUCAAAGGCAUAUGGCUUCACUCAGGAAGGUGAUUUGAUUCACACAUUAUUGAUGGGUGAUGUAAUGAACUUCAAAUGUAGAAUUAGAUCGAAGAGAAAGAUGGACUUGGUUGAGCCCCUAGCCUUGCAUGCAAUGAAAGGUUAUUUGCUAAUUGCUAACCAGGAGAAAAUUUUUGUGUACAACGUGUCAUCUCAGCAUUAUGUUUGGGCUGGUGGGCUACGACUUUCUUUCUCCGUUGGCCUUGAUGAGAUCAUAGCAUCUUUUGUAAAUCAGAAAGUGGUCAAUGUAAACGAUGAAAAGAGGAUGGCGAUACCUUUGCUUACAAGCGAUUAUGAAAAGCUUGUUAUUCUGAGUCUUGGGAAUGGAUAUGUGGCAAUCUAUCGUUCCAACCUUCCAUCAAUCAAAAGUGAAUUCAAUAGCAUCCUAUGGACGAGUCCUGUUUUGUUUUUCAUUCUGUUCCUAUUUGGAGCGUGGCAGUUUUUUGCCAAGAAGAAGGAGGCACUUACUUCAUGGGGCCCCGAUGAUCCAUUUAGUUCCACAUCUGUCACGAAUGGAGCACCACUGGUGUCAGGCACGGUGGAGAGGUCUUUCAAGGAUUCUUCAAGAAAUGUUGAGAUUAUGGAUCUGAGAGGCAGUGGUUUAAGAGCUCCAUCAAGAAGGUUCUCUCCAACAAGGUACUCGGGGGGAUCAACUGGUCCCUAUAGGCCAAACCCAGAUGAAGAUUCUAGACCUUCUCCAAUUGAUCCCCGAUUCAGAACGAACUCUGAGUUGAAAUUUAGAGGGUCAAGUAUCGAAACUGCAAAUGUUCCAAAAAGAAGAGAGGGCUUAUAUGUAAAUGGUCAAGUUAUAAACGAUAGCAAUUGACGGUGUUUUUACCCCAUUAAACCUGUAUUCUCAUUAUCAUGUUUUCUACCUGUGCAGUUGGUCCUGCAGACCAUCUGAGCUUUCUGUAGUUCUGAUUUUAUAGCAUUUACUCAUAGCAAAAAUGGAAAUAAUUGGAACUUCUUAGGCCAUUAUUAUCAGAUAUCUUUAAGUGUUGAUUCCAAACGAAAGGCUUUUUUGCUUUCUAAUUUAACAUAGUUUUGCUUCUGGUUCC